AUGGCCACUUUAGAUUUAUCGGAUAAUCAAAUAAACGGGGAACUUCCAGAUUGCUGGAAAUCUGUAAAUCGAUUAUUGUUUCUUGAUUUAAGCAACAAUCUAUUGUCAGGAACGAUUCCUAUCUCUGUGGGCACCCUUGUUAAAUUGGAAGCUUUGGUUUUACGAAACAAUAGUUUAAUGGGUGAAUUGCCUUCCUCUUUGAAGAAUUGCAGCAAUUUAAUUAUGUUGGAUGUGAGUGAGAAUAUGUUGUCUGGUCCAAUACCAUCAUGGGUUGGAGAAAGAAUGCUGCAAUUGACGAUCUUGAUCAUGCGAGGGAAUCACUUAUCUGGAAAUCUUCCCUUUCAUCUAUGUUAUUUGAAGCGUAUUCAAUUGUUGGAUCUUUCCCAGAAUAAAUUUUCAGAAGGGAUUCCAACUUGUGUGGAACGCAGCUUCAAACAUCCUGAACUGAUACUUCAAAGCAUUGAUCUCUCAUGUAACAAUUUUACAGAUUCCCUUGACCUAUCAAGAAAUCAUUUGUCUGGAAAAAUUCCUCCUACACUUUCCAAUAUUGAUCGUCUUGCCGUGUUAGAUUUAUCAAACAACCAUUUCAGUGGAAGAAUUCCAUGGGGAAGGCAGUUGCAAACCUUUGAUGCCUCUAGUUUUGAAGGAAAUGUUGAUCUUUGUGGGAAACCGCUUGAAGAAAUUUGUCCAGGAGAUGAGGCAGUGACAAAGUCUAAAGGAGAAGAAGUCGAUGAUGAAAAUGAUAAGUCAGUUUUGUAUGGAACACUAUACAUGAGCUUGGGGAUAGGAUUCUUCACAGGAUUUUGGGGCUUAUUAGGUUCAUUACUACUUUGGCAACAAUGGAGAAUUGCAUAUUUGAGGUUCUUGAACAGACUAAUAGACUAUAUACUUUUAAUGAUUGCAUUGAACAUAGUAAAGUGCCAAAGGAGGCUCAAAGACUAG